AUGCACGCUUCCGCCCCCACGAGCCAGCUGUACCUCAGCCAAGCCCGUGCCACCAAGAGUGUUGAAGAUUGCAUGACUGUCUAUGACAAGUGGGCCGCGACCUAUAACGAUGAGGUUGGCGACGAGGCACAAAGCUACGUCGCGCCCGUCCUCGUCGCCCAGGCCGCGAUCAAGUACAAGUCGUCCAAGAGUGCCGCCGACAGUGUCAUCCUCGACGCCGGCUGCGGGACUGGCCUGGUCGGUCAAGCCCUGGCCAUUGGCGGUGCCAAAGCCAUCGAUGGCAUUGACCUGUCGGCCCCCAUGCUCGACGUGGCCAGGGACACGGGCGUAUACCGAAACCUCGCCCAGGCGGACAUGACCCGGCCCCUGGACACCCAGGACGAGACCUAUGACACGGUGGUCUGCGUCGGCACCUUCACGCUCGGCCACGUUGGCCCCGACCCGGCUCUGCGCGAGCUCAUCCGGGUGACCCGCAAGACCGGGAUUGUGGUGGCCACGAUCCUCGAAGACAUCUGGGUGUCGGGCGGAUUCAAGGCCGAAGUCGAGAAGCUGAAGGCCGAGGGCGUGGUGCGGGUGGUGUCGGAGGAUCUCAUAGAUUAUGUAAAGGGCCAUGGCGACAAGGCCGUAUUGCUCAUCCUAGAGAGGGCCCACCGAGCCUGA